UCCCUUUAUGCACAUAUGUCCCAAGGCAGUGGUUGUUUGCCUGACUUCUCCCUGCGGGUGUUGGAGCUCACAGAGUGCUACGUCGCUGGCUGGGGACACACAGAAUUAAGAUCUGCAGCACCAGCCAAAGCCUCUGACAUCCUGCAGGAGGCCAGAGUGCAUCUCAUUGACAUCCAGAUCUGCAACAGCAGCCGCUGGUACGGCGGGGCCGUGCACAGCCACAACAUCUGUGCUGGGUACCCGCAGGGCGGCGUCGACACCUGCCAGGGCGACAGCGGCGGCCCCUUGAUGUGCAGGGAUAGACACGCUGACUUCUUCUGGCUCAUUGGUGUGACCAGCUGGGGGAGAGGCUGCGGUAGAGCACAUCAGCCUGGAAUCUACGCGUCCACUCAGCACUUCUACAACUGGAUCCUGACGCAGCUGAGAGCAGCGGCCCACCCGACAUCGCGGUCAUGGAGCCAUUACACGACCGCCUCAUCCCAUUAUCAUGGGCAGUAUGUGGCGCCGACAUAACCCAGCACAUCAAGCUCCUGUCCGUAUCCAGUCCAGAAGCUCAGGGAAUUCUUUGCUGGGGUGCAGGAGCUCCUGCAGACCCUAAGGGGGAGCAAGGCUUAAUUAGGUGCAUGACCCACAGCGGGAUGAAAUGCACCACAACCCUUUAUUUUGGGUAAUGCCAAUGGCAGCCCCACUGCCAAAGUUCUGCUCUGCCCCAUCCACAAGUUGGAAAAAUAAAGCUUAUUUUCACAACCAU